CAACCUAAUUUACAGUAGCAGUCUUAACCUCUAAUUUGCUGUUUGAUAAACUAAAAAAGUGAAAAUAUGUAAUAAAGCCGGAUAACUAGAAGAGUUGUUUUCAAUAAAGAUAACAAAUAUCUAUGGCGAUAUAGUUAUAAAAAUAAUCAUGGCAAUGUUCGAAGUGCUAAGGAAAGACUAUAGCGAUUAUUUACAACAAUAUUUCAAACUAUCAGAUAUCUCGUCAUUUCAAAAGAGAUGUAUUGAACGUUGUGCUAAUGAUGGUGACAGAAAAGCGGCCAUCGAUCAAGCGCUUAGAGAUACUCUGUUAAUUCUGCUGAAGGAAAACCCAUCAGGCAAUGUUCAUUCUCUUGAAUCAUAUAUUACAUUUUGCAUAGAAUUAUGCAGGAGAGAUUUAGCAACGGCAAGUAUGCCGGUGAUGCUUCUGAGUGAUAUAUUUGAUACAAUGACGCUGGAUUGGUGUGAACAAUUGUUUACUUUUGUGGAAAAUAAUGUCGCCAUAUGGAAAGAGGACUUAUUUUUCACCGCAUGCAAAAACAAUUUAUUAAGAAUGUGUAACGACUUGUUGAGGAAACUAUCACGCUCACAGCAAACUGUAUUUUGCGGUAGAAUUUUAUUGUUUCUCGCAAAGUUCUUUCCUUUUUCUGAGAGAUCAGGUCUGAAUAUUGUUAGUGAGUUUAAUCUAGAAAAUCAGACGGAAUUUGGCUCUGAGAACCCAGAAGGAGAUGAUCUGGAGCAAAUAACUAAAGAUGAUGAUAAGUCAGAGAACAAAAUAUCAAUCGAUUAUAAUUUAUAUAGAAAGUUUUGGGCAUUGCAGGAUUUCUUUAGGAAUCCAAAUCAGUGUUACAGUAAAAUAUAUUGGAAAGUUUUUUCAGCUCAUGCAUCUAAUGUGCUGUCAGCAUUUGCAUCUUUUAAAUUGGAAGAGCAACGCAGCUACCCUACAACAUGCAAGAUGGAUUCUUCUAUGGAAGGCUCUCACAAGGAAACUCACUACUUUGCAAAAUAUUUAACUAAUCAAAAAUUAUUGGAGUUGCAGCUAUCUGACUCCAAUUUCAGGCGAUACGUAUUGCUGCAAUUCCUCAUUCUUUUCCAGUAUCUGAAUAGCACUGUAAAAUUCAAAGCUGAGACGCAUGAACUCAAGCCGGAUCAAGUGGAAUGGGUAAAGAUUACCACUGAACAAGUUUACACUUUGUUGACUGAAACACCACCUGAUGGGCCGAUAUUUGCGGAGACUGUGAAAAACAUUUUGAAACGUGAGGAGCAUUGGAAUGCAUGGAAAAAUGAAGGUUGUCCGCCAUUUAAGAAACCAGCAUCGGAACUCAGCAGCGACGAAGAACCGAGAAAACCGAAGAGAUCAAGACGAAGAAUCGGUGAUGUAAUCAGGGAUGCACAAACGGUUGGCAAAUAUCAUAUGGGAAACCCUGAACUUACUAAAUUGUGGAAUCUAUGUCCUAACAAUCUCGAAGCUUGCAAAUCUAAGGAUAGAGAUUUUCUCCCGUCUUUAGAAACAUAUUUCGAAGAUGCGAUAGUAGAAUUGGAUCCUGCUGCAAUGAUUGAUGAUAAAUACAAAAAAGUAAAUGACGGUAAUUUUGGUUGGAGAGCAUUAAGACUGUUAGCGAGACGAAGUCCGCACUUUUUUGUUCAUGGGAAUUAUCCCAUAAAUAAAUUGCCUGAGUACCUAGAAACAAUGAUAAAAAAAAUUGCCAAAGACCGUCCACAGACACAAUCUGAUGCGAAAUUGGAAAGUGAGGAAACACCAUCAUCAGAAUCUAACGAACAAGAAUUUAACGAAGAUGUCUUAAAGCAAGAAAGUGAGCAAGUAGAUUCUGAAAGUGCUGACGGAAAAGCUAGAAAAUUGAAUAAAGUUACAUCAGAAAUGGUGGCGAAAAUAUCGGAGAGCCUAAAGAAUGAUUGGAAGAAGUUGGCGACGAAACUUGGUUAUACAAACGAUGAGAUUGCUUUCUUCCAAGGUAAAACCACACCAUAUGAACAAUGUAAGAGUAUGCUCGAGAUAUGGGCGGAAGAAGAUGAGGAUGCGUCAGUUGAAAAUUUAGCUUAUAUCUUAGAAGGCUUGAAAUAUACAGAAGCAUUAGCAGUGCUCAAAUCUUAAUAUA